ACUACGAGCAAGCAAGCUGAACCAAACGCACGCGAAACUCUGCGACAAGCCAAAUAAAAUUCAGUGGUAGUUUUACGCGUAAUUUAAUUAAAAAACAUUAUGUGUCUAUUAUUAUUGUGAUUGAUGGGGUAAUAUUUUAUUUGCCAUAAUGAGUAUAGAUACAAGAGAAAAGGAAAGCAAAACUGCGGAUUCAAAACUUAAUAAUAAACCAAGAAAUGACUUAAUUGUUCCUAGUGAUAUAAGAAAUAGUAUGAGUAAAAGUAAAAUGGAUAAUAAAUAUCUAAGUACCAAGCCUGAUGACCCUCCAGAUGAUUGUAGUAGAUUAAAUUUCUUCCAAAGAGCGAGGAAAAUGAUGGCAUUGAUUACGGUGGAACCGAUCCUGGCAUGUUUCGUAAUGCCUUCUGUACUCUCGUCUCUCGCAACUCAAAACUUAUAUUUAGAAAAGGCUUGCAGAGUAAAUUUACAAUUUGACCACCAUAUAUGUGAUGCGCUCACGAAAAGACAAACAGCUAAUUAUACAUUCGAAGAAGAAGCAGUGCAAACUCUAGUAGCAUCAGUAGCUGGUUGGAAAACAGUAUUGCAAUCAUUUCUACCAUGCGGCAUAUUAAUAUUUCUCGGAGCGUACAGUGACAGGGUUGGACAAAGAAAGUUCUGCAUGCUCUUACCCAUCAUUGGAGAAUUUUUGACAAGUAUCGGUAUGAUUGUGAAUACAUACUUUUUCUAUGAGUUACCAGUAGAAGUUGCUGCUGUUACUGAAGCAAUAUUUCCCGCUCUAAGUGGUGGCUGGUUCACUAUGUUUAUGGGAGUGUUCAGUUAUAUAGCUGAUGUGACAACUGAAGAGCAACGGACGUUACGUAUAGGAAUUGUUAACUUAUUUUAUUCAUUGGGAGUACCUGUUGGAGCUGCUCUUAGUGGAAUAUUGGUACGAAAAAUUGGACUUUAUGGUGUAUUUUCCAUAAGUGCUACUUUAUAUGUGCUGAGUUUUUUGUAUGGAUACUUCAGGAUAAAAGAAGUUAGGCGAACGGAUUUAAAUGUGAAACCUGCGAAGAACUGUUGCGUCUGGUUGAAGGAUUUCUUUGACAUGCGCUACGUUAAAGAUACAAUGAUGGUUGCGUUUAAAACCGGACCGAACAACAGGCGACUACGGGUCAUAAUGCUGGUAGUUGUUUUGUGCGUUGUCAUCGGACCUAUUUAUGGUGAGAUGUCAGUCAUGUAUCUAUUCACGAGAUACCGGUUUAAUUGGAACGAGGUUGACUUCAGUAUGUUCUCAACUUAUGCGAUGUGUACUUCACUAGUUGGAACUCUGUUUUCUGUGGGAGUAUUUAGCCAUGUGUUAAAAUUUGACGACGCAGUAAUCGGUAUAAUAUCGUCCACUAGCAAAAUAUUAUCAGGCUUCAUGUAUGCUUUUGCUACAAAGACUUGGCAUAUGUACCUAGCGCCGCUGAUUGAAAUCUUUAACGGGACUUCAUUUAUUGCGAUGAGAUCAAUGGUUUCCAAGUUGGUCGAAAAGGAUGAAUUGGGUAAAGUGAACUCGUUCUUCGGUCUUGCUGAAGCGAUGAUGCCGCUAGUCUACGCACCAAUGUACACAACAGUGUAUACGGCGACCCUCAAAACAUUCCCCGGGGCUUUCUUCCUUUUGGGCGGUGGUAUGACCAUCCCCGCUGUACUUAUAUUUUUAUGGUUAUAUUUGGCUAGUAAAAAGCACAUUGCAUCAGAAAAAGACUUGCAUGACAAGCAAAAUGAAGCCGCAAAGGAUGAAAAAUGCGAAAAACUCGGUCAUGAGAACAUGGCUUUCGAGAAUGAUGACAAGCAAUAUUUAAAGAAUAACUCAGCCAGCGAAAAUCCGGUGUUGAACUUCGAACACGCUGCCAGCCCGUCGGAAAUCGAAAUUGGAAUUACAAAGAGUAUGCAAUGUACUAGUAAGCUAUAAAUAAUUAACAAGAAAACGAACACCCGUUCGUGAGCGCUUUGGGAAUAAAAUAGCAAAGAGAACAUAUUGGUGUAAAAAUAGAUAAACAAAAUUAGUAGAUAUUAAUUAUUUUUUACCAUAUCGUCAGUAUUUAAAUUUCCUAUUGGUGCGACCACAUGUCAUCUUAUCAAGGUGUUAUUAAAUAAUUUCAAAGUUAGUCUUCAGGCAGUAUUAUCUAUUGUCAGUUAGGUUAUUGUUAGUCAUUUAUUGUAUAUUUUAAAUGCAAUGGGUAGGUACUAACGAUAUUCAAAGUUAUUUGCGCUUCAUCUCUAUCAAUGACGCCAUUUGUGUCCGAAACGAUCGUAGUUAUUUUUAUUGAUUAAAAAUAAAAAUAACUACAAUCAUUGCAUUUAAAAUACAUUUCGACCCUAUUACAAGGAUCGUGGUCACGGCAGUAUUUACCCGGGUGGUCUGAAAAGUUUCUGACCUCAACGUGAAAAUGGCAGCACUCGUAUAUAAAAACUAGUGAAUUUCAUUUAUUCAUCUGUUGACAGUUACUCAUCAAAGUUACAGGCAUUUAGAGUGCCCCGGUGUUACGUAACAGUCGUUUGAGUGAGUUAAUGUGGGCGUCAUCUGAGAGAUGAGCUGUCAUCAAAGAUAAGUUGGAUUCUUUGAAUGGGGACUCUGCACUGUCAUUUGCCACAUUGAAAUAUUGAUAAACGUUCAGGGCGUUCAAAACAUGCAAUCACUGACGAAAACAUCGGCAUGGUUCACCAAAUGGUGCUCGAAGACCGCCGAAUAAAAGUCAGAUAGCAGAGGUUAUGAACAUGACAAAAGAAGGUGUUUGUCACGUAUUAAAUCAAAAUUUAACAUUAGAAAGAUGUCCGCGCUUUGGGUGCCAUGUGUGCUCACGUCAAACCAAAAACGUGUUAGAAUGAACAUUUCCAACGCUCUGUUGAUGAAGGUUAGGUGCGAUAAAUCUUAGUUUUGGCGACGAUUAAUUACUGUAUAUGAAACUUGGAUACACCAUUAUACACACCAAAUUAAAAUACAAUCCAAACAGUGGACUGCAAAGAGGGAAAGGCUCCAAAAAAAGCAAAAACCGUUUUUCGGCUAGGAAAGUGAUGGCGACUGUUUUUUGGGAUAGUCAUGGAGUUAUUAUAAGCGAUUAAAGGAGCAUACUACGCUUAAUAUCUUGACAAGCUGAAAGCAGAACUUGUGGAGAAACGGUCAAAUUUGCAGAAAAAGAUAACCCUGUUUCACCAAGACAACGGACCGUCUCACACACCAGCGGAAUAUCAUUGUCAUGGCUAAAAUCCACAAAUUACAGUUUGAUCGGAUUGACCAUUUGUCUUACUCACCACUUCUUUUUGUUCCGUCAUCUUAACGCUUACGUUCGGAGGACAGAGUUUUUCGUCAAAUGAAGAGGCAACCUUCGUGAACAAUCAAUUUGCAGCGAGUAACGCCGAGUGCUAUUUAGAAGGGUUGCAGAGAUGGGAGCUUCGCUGGGAGAAGUGUGUAGAGUUACACAGUUAGAAGGAGUCUAUAUUGAAAAAUAAAAAAAUCCAGAAAAAUAUUUAUUUUUGUAACGAGGAAACUUUUCAGACCAUCCAAGUAGGUAUAAGUACCAUCAUAAUAAUAUUAUAUUGUGAAAACCCGUUGCAUUGGAACAUAAUAUUAUGUAAGAUAUACGAAUUACAAUGAUAAAAGUUUUAAAUCACAAAGUUAAUGUGCAUUUUGUGAAAUGGGUUGAUUUAGUAGAUAUAUUAUUAUUACUAAUAUUAUUCUGUGAUAUUUACGUUGAAGAAGACGAAGAUUAUGACAUUAUAUUGUGGCUACAAAAUCUUUUAUAUUUAAAUUGUAAGUUAGUUUAAACUUUAUAGUACUUAAGAUUAAAAUUAAAAUGAACUUCUACAUCUAAA